AUGAAUUGUCAAUGUGCUUCUGGUUUGAGCCCGAAUGAUUGUUCAACACAAGGUGGUUCUCGAAGAAAUAACAAGUAUUGCAAAUACCUCAAGCCGUUUUUCUCUUUCGUUGUCUCGGUUCUGUUGGCCUUGUCUAUGUCUCAUCUGUGCGAAAAGUACUCGACGAGCAAUUCAUUCGAAAACGUGAGAUCAGAUUUGAGUACCUUAAGGAGUAACUUGAACCUACUAAUGGAAGAGGUAAGGAUAUUGAUGGAAUCGAAAGAUGAGUUCAAAAACCAACUGACGGAGGUUAGUCUCGUGGUACCCAAACUGUCAGAAGCUAUUUUCCAUUUGAGGACUGAAAUUUCUGAGGUAAUCGAAACGCAUGCAAACAAACUAGAACAGUCAGCCGGUAACCUCAAGGAUUUGGUUAGAACAGAGCUAGAAGCUUUCAGCGAAGACCACGCCGGGAAAACCGAUUACGCUCUCGAGCUGUUAGGUGGCACGGUUUUGACGGUUAGAGAUACUCAGACUUACGACGCCGGUGCACCACAACUCAAGAUUUUCGGCAUGGCCAUUUGUGCGCAGCAGAAUACGCCACGAGCGAUUAUACAGGCAAAUACGCUGCCGGGAGAGUGCUGGGCCAUUAAGGGUGACAAAGGCGUUGCGGUGAUUCAGCUCAUAGGGCCAGUGCGCGUUUCUGGAUUCAGCCUUGAGCACAUAUCGGCGACGAUCGCGCCAACCGGGGAAACUAGCACAGCUCCAAAGGAUUUUUCAGUAUGGGGAUUGAACGAUAUCGACGAUACAAAUGGAUUUUUGUUUGGUGAAUACAGAUACGAUAAUUCUGGAGUGCGAGUUCAGUACUUUCAAGCAAAGAACGAACCUAACAAAUCUUAUGAAAUCGUCGAACUAAAAAUACACUCGAAUAGUGGUAAUACCAAAUAUACGUGUAUUUAUAGAUUUAGAGUUCAUGGUACUCUUACAUCCCAACAACGAGGUAUAAGUUGA